UAAACGAAUGUAAUCAGCUGUUUCCGGUCCGAUUUCUGAACGAAAAUCAUUUUGAGUGAAACGGAACGUCAUGUUUAUUUACGUUCGUAAGUCAAUCACACGCAAAUCACAAUAGUCAUUACGCACAAAAGUAUAAAUUCUCAGUGUGAUGAACAUAAUAAAGUGAUAAAGAUGGUUUGGUAUCUACCAUGGUCUGAAAGCAUAAAAAAAAGAGCCUGCAGGUACCUUCUCCAGCGUUACCUGGGCAAUUUUCUUGAAGAAAAAUUGACUUUGGAUCAGCUGAGUGUUGAUCUGUACAAUGGCACAGGGACGGUAUGCGAUGUUAGCCUUGACUGCGAGGCCCUCAAUGAGUUGGGAGACACACAAAACUGGCCGUUGGAAAUAGUUGACGGUCAUAUGAGAGAGAUAACUGUCACUAUUCCAUGGUCCACCCUUCUCAAAGAUGACUCCAUUGUUGAAGUCAACGGCCUCUCACUUACCGUUCAGCCAAAAGUACGGCAAGAAGCUGUAUCAUCUAUGCUGGAGUCCAUGUGGUCCUCUAUGUCCUCAUCGAUGCAGCUGGCGGCUGAGUGCUUGCGCGAGGAAGACAGCCCGCAAGAAACCAACCCCGUGGAAGGGAUUGAAAUGUUUGCACAUACCAUAGAUUCAAUUCUAAGUCGAGUAAAAGUAAAGUUUGUAAAUACAAAAAUAAGAUUAGAACAUGUUCCUAAAAGUGGUGACAGAGGCAUUGCGCUAGAAAUACACAUUAAAAGCAUAGACUACUUUGACGAGGCUGGCGUGGAACCCACACCGGAAGCAACAGACCCUGACAAAUCUAAGACGUACAUCGUCGCCACAUACACAAACAAGAAGAUCAGGUUUGAAGGAGUCACAUUGUACACAGAUGAGUUCCCUUCAAAACUGCGAACUAUGGCACGGAGUCUUAUAAUGGAAAAGUCUGUAUCGUCACAAGCGGACAAAUCUGAUGGCUCCCCAGCUGACCCGUCAGAAGUUAACUACACAAGCACAGUGUCUGACGUUUUCUACGAAACUCGUAGCGUUAUAUCGACGAUAGAAUCGGACCCUAUCAAAGAAGUAUUACCUGAAAUAAGAACUCAAACGGAAAUUAAAGAGGCUACUCCAGAAGAAAGGGCCAACCAGCCCGAUCCUAUUCUCUUUGCGACACUGACAGGCCAGCAAGAAUUGGCGCUCAAAGUUAAACAUUCAGAAGAAGUGGAGGGGCCGAAAGUGGAAGUAAAGAUGCUUUUUGGUUCUUGUAUUGUGUUCAUAUCGCCGAGGCAGUUGCAUACGUUGAUUGAGCUGAUAGAUGCUCUGAAUCAACCACAAUUAGAAGACACUAGCAACAUACCGUUGCGUCCGAGCAAUAUCAACGUCCAAUGCAAGCCAAUGAGACAAGCUGACUUCCAGCUUAUAGAAGCCCAACUGCUCGGAAACUUGGAGAGACAGAACUUAAGGCCUAGCAGCAGCAAAUACGGCUGGUCGGGCCCUAGCUUUGACGAUAGCGACACAGAAAACGAGAAAUUCCACCCGAUGACGUCACCAGGCAACAUGGCGGAGAGUUUCUCUUCCUCCGUGAGCUCUAUGAGCACCAGCAUGACUUCGAGCGUGAACAUGCCCUCUGUACAGCCACGCAUCAAACGUAACAAAAAAGUUCCUCACAUUGACGGUGACCCCACAGCAGAGGUGUCUCACAUCAGCUUCAGGGUUGCCUCACUAUCCUGUGUUCUUCUACAUAAGGAUAUCCUGGCCCCCACUCCCAUGGGUAACGACUGCAUCUCGCCGUCUUCCACCAACAAAAUGCACGACGUGGCCAGACAGUUCUUCGAGAGCCUGCCGCCGUACGCUUUGGCCGACAGCGGGAAGAAAGACUUCGCUAUGGCCAAUGAGGCCAUAGACAAUGCUACGAAGAGAAACCAUUUGAGGCUAUUAACAUCAGAAGUGACGUUGGACGGCAGCGACAAGACAACAAGUCACGGCAACCAGACGGUUUGCGAAGCGUCCAUAGGGAGAAUGCUAGUCAGAGAGUGCCUGUACUCGCCAGGUGCAAGCAAACCACAGGGCUAUGACCUGAUACGGUUUGAAAACAAAGAUGACGAUGACAAAAAGAGUACGACUACACGUGCUAAUGUCAGAAUAAACUUCAAACAGACGUCCAAAUACAUGAGGAUUUCUGGAGAGAAAAAACUUGUUCAUCCCACAACGGAUAUUGUUAUGAAAUGCACACCAUUCCACGUGGACGUAGACUUGACAGUAGUAGAGCGUAUGUCGGCGACGUUCUUGUGCGACAGCCCGCAGCCCGCCGGCGCGACACCUACUCAGCCGCCGCCACAGAACCAAUUGAGCUUUUCGCUGCAGUGCCCUGAUUUGAACGCCGUGCUCAGGUUCCCCGUAGCAGACCUACGACCGGGAAUAAACCGGGAACUACGGCAGGUCAGAGCCGACUACCUGACGUUCAAGUUCCAGAACGUCACCAUCGGCUCCCAACAGAUUCCGAGCGCGCGGCCGCUGCCGACCACUGUGACGCUCAAAACCUCCACUCUUGACUUGUACUAUCACGAAAAUGACAGCCUACCACCAACGCACAUAGCUCGAUCAAUAAUGAGCGAACCAAUGGAGGGGAACGUACUAAGCGGCAACGCCUUUGUUCCGAUUCCUACGAUCUCAAUGACCUUCAAGCCGCGCAAAGGCAAAGGCCCAUUCGACGGGUUGUCCGAUGAACCAUCGUUCGAGCCAGCCGUGUCGAACCCGAUGACGACGUCCAUGUAUAUCAUGAACAAUCUGCACAAUGCCAACCCUAGUCCUUUCAGCGCGAAGAAGAUGGCCCACCAGAGCAUUACGAAGCAUGAAAACGAUGCGCAACCAAGUCAAGAAGAGGAGCUCAUAGUGCCCGGCAACGAAGAAGAAAUGGCGGAAUUCACAAGCAGUGCCAUAGAACAUUCCUCGAUACACCUCGAAUUCAACCUGCCGAUACUCAGUCUGCAGCUUGAAUCCAAACAACUGUACGAAAUAAUCUACAACCGCAUCAACUCAGACCUACUGUUGUGGGAGCCGCACAUAGUUGAUCCGUACGAGAUCAACCCGCUCAUGUAUACAUCCAUUUACCCCGCUUUUAGCGAGUUUAAAAGCACCGGGUAUGGAUUGAAAGAUCCUACCUCUGCCGCAGAUUCAGACUCGGACAGUACGUCUUCGGAAGAAGAGAACCUCUACUACUCCACCUACGAUAAUAAGUUCAAGAAGGGACACGCGGCCGGAAAGAUCGUUCACGAGACCAAGGAUACGCACGACUUCUGCCUAACCUUGAAGGUCGGGAAGGGGCUGUUGACGAUAUAUGCUCCAGUCAGAGACAGCAACAAACGCGUAGUCCCCGGCCAGAUGGGCGAGUUGGUGCUGGAAGCGCACAAACUGGCUCUGUGCCAGGUCAGCGGGCUCAACGGACGCCCCAAGACGGCCCAGCUGUGUCUGCGAGCGGGGAAGACUACUCUGUACCAUGACUCACUCAUCACAAUACCCUCGGAGAAGCCAAACCUCCGCGUGUAUGGCAACAUCCUCCCUUCACACCUGAAGAGCACCAUCUACCCGUCCGCUAAGGGAGUCGUCAUCAAGGAGAACUUGAAGACUAAGGAUAUGUUCUCUCUAGCGCUCAAGGUCGAACCGGACUCGGAAACGCCUAAUUUGAAGACAAUCUGCAUCGCACUGGGCAUAGAGCAAGCGACGCUCCGCCAUAGAGGCGACAAAGGCAUCGCGUGGCUGACCCAGCUUAUGGACGUCAUAGAUGUCAUAGACUACCCCGUGCCAGGGUACACGCCUUCCACUGUGCUGUCAGAACUACAUGUACACGUGUGGGACUGUGCAGUUGAUUACAGACCUCUGUACCUGCCGAUCCGUACACUAUUGACUCUAGGCAACUUCAGCGUCUCUAGCAACCUGAUAGCAGAGACCAACACAUCCUGCCUGCGGUUCCUAGCCCAAGAAUGUACGCUAUUCCUGGCCCAUCUGUACUUGAGCAAGCCUAACGCGCGCGUGCCUCAGGACGAUGAUAAGCACCCAGACGUGAAUAAAGACUACGUUUGCGUGAUCGAUCUGGGACUCUUUGAGCUGUCUUUGAGGAUGGACGAUAAGGCUAACCCUCAAAGCGAACAGCCCCAAGUAGACUUGAGUGCGUCCAACAACAUGAUCACCUUAUACACCUGCUGGGACUCCGCCUCGGCCCUAUGCCGGCUGCUGACGUACGCGGCCUCGGACGGCGACUCGCAGCCGCCCUUCGACCCCUCCUCGCGCCACACCAGCAUCUGCUCCGACCAGCCCUUGGAGCAGCUCGUGGCUCUGACGUCACUACACCUGCUGCGACCCGCCUCGGCCCUAUGCCGGCUGCUGACGUACGCGGCCUCGGAUGGCGACUCGCAGCCGCCCUUCGACCCCUCCUCGCGCCACACCAGCAUCUGCUCCGACCAGCCCUUGGAGCAGCUCGUGGCUCUGACGUCACUACACCUGCUGCGACCCGCCUCGGCCCUAUGCCGGCUGCUGACGUACGCGGCCUCGGAUGGCGACUCGCAGCCGCCCUUCGACCCCUCCUCGCGCCACACCAGCAUCUGCUCCGACCAGCCCUUGGAGCAGCUCGUGGGCUUAGAUGACCGACCAGUGGAGGAAAUCAGGGAACUGUCGCCGAACGAGAUCCAACAAGUCAACGACCUCAUGGCCGAAGCGAUGAAAGAAAGUCCAAAUACAACUCUUGAAGAAGACGACUUGAACAGCUCGACAGAGAAAGAGGGCGUAGAAAUAUUCUUCUUCCCAGACGAGUCUAACAUGAAGCAGCGGCAGAUUUCCGAGACCACUGAGGAAUUCGAAGCCAAGUCUAUGGAGUACGAGGACUUUGCAGCGCCCGUGGAGGAAGCGAUGGAAGCCAAGCCUACCAACGUGCAGGUGGCCAAAGAGUUGGGCGAUCCUAAUUCUACGCCUAAGGCCUCGCCCAAGAAACCGAAAAGGAAAAAGAACAAAUCGUUCGGCGAGGACGGCAACACAGACGACGAGUAUUGCAUCAUCGAUUCGCAGCCUUACAACGAGGACGACGAUCUGGCUGAACCGAUCGUGACGUGGUUCUCGCCCGGCCCCAUGUACAUUAACGAUAACCACUUCACGGUGCCCGCCGCCCGCACUAACGUGCUACAAGCGCCUAAGAGUUUCCCUUCGCCGGUAACGAGGUCCCUCACCAUCGCACCCCUUGGUACUUACGACCUAGCUGAACCGAUCGUGACGUGGUUCUCGCCCGGCCCCAUGUACAUUAACGAUAACCACUUCACGGUGCCCGCAGCCCGCACUAACGUGCUACAAGCGCCUAAGAGUUUCCCUUCGCCGGUAACGAGCCUUUACGAACUGGCUGAACCGAUCGUGACGUGGUUCACGCCCGGACCCAUGUACAUUAACGAUAACCACUUCAUGGUGCCCGCCGCUCGCACUAACGUGCUACAAGCGCCUAAGAGUUUCCCUUCGCCGGUGACGAGUGACGAGUUUGUUACGACGAAUAAGUUUGGUACUUACGACCUAGCUGAACCGAUCGUGACGUGGUUCACGCCCGGACCCAUGUAUAUCAUAGAUAACCAUUUCACGGUGCCCGCAGCCCGCACUAACGUGCUACAAGCGCCUAAGAGCUUCCCUUCGCCGGUGACGAGGUACAGCCUAUGCGAAAUGAGCGUGUGCUGGAAUAUGUACGGCGGGAACGACUUCAAGUCAGCUAACGAUCCGACCCCGCCCAAGAAGACGGUCACUAUCGACGAUCCUAGGAAGCAAGGCUCUCCGACUACUGCCAAGCGUAACAAAGACUACGAGCCGUACGAAAGCCCCCGGGGGCUAAGCGGCGGUGUCAGCUGGGCCAACGGCAGCGAGCGAGCGCGCGCGCACACUAGGACUCCGCCCCGGCGCGACCUGCGCACGCGCGGAGGCCCAGGCCGCGACCCGCACACUUGCGUCAAGCUCUGCCUCACUAAGCCGUACGAAAGCCCCCGGGGGCUAAGCGGCGGCGUCAGCUGGGCCAACGGCAGCGAGCGAGCGCGCGCACACACUAGGACUCCGCCCCGGCGCGACCUGCGCACGCGCGGAGGCCCAGGCCGCGACCCGCACACUUGCGUCAAGCUCUGCCUCACUAAGCCGUACGAAAGCCCCCGGGGGUUAAACGGCGGUGUCAGCUGGGCCAACGGCAGCGAGCGAGCGCGCGCGCACACUAGGACUCCGCCCCGGCGCGACCUGCGCACGCGCGGAGGCCCAGGCCGCGACCCGCACACUUGCGUCAAGCUCUGCCUCACUAAGGUCAAGUUCCAACACGAAGUGUACCCAUCUGGCGGCAUGCACGCGUCCCGGCAGACGCUCGCCAUCAGCAAGAUAGAAGUGCUGGACCGACUGGUCUGCAGCGACAUCAACAAGCUGCUCAGCCAGUAUAAACUUAAAGACGAACCAGAGCGAAAGAAUGCGCAUAUGUUGGUAGUGAAAGCCGUCCACUUGCGGCCCGACCCGGCGCUGACUGCUCAGGAGUGCUGUCUAAAAGUGUCGCUGCUACCGCUGCGGUUCAACCUGGACCAAGACACACUGGCUUUCCUUGUGGGAUUCUUCUCCAAACUUGGCACUGAUGAGGCUACAGACGACGACUCCAAAAGCGUGGGCGGUUUAUCCACCGACUCAAGCGGCUCCCGGCAGACGACGCCAACGCACCGGCCGCCUGUCAUGAGCAUCGCCAGCCACCUGCGCGACCCGCCGCCUACCCCUACUUCGCUGGGCGACGCCGACUCGUUGUCCCUGAAUGAGACCGUAAUGCGCGACGAAGAACCCCUAAUGGAGACCUACGAAGCUGAGCGGCUAGUGUCAGAGAACCUGAUACAGCUAGAGGAGGACUUCCAGAGGCUCGGGGUCAGCCAGGAGAAGCCCGCCGCCAAGCCGGCUGACCUGGAGCCCGCCGACGACUCGCCCAUAUACUUCAGGCUAGUGUCAGAACCCGACACAGCUGAGGACUCCAGAGGCUCGGGGUCAGCCAGGAGAAGCCCGCCGCCAAGCCGGCUGACCUGGAGCCCGCCGACGACUCGCCCAUAUACUUCAGGUGACACGCGACACUCGCCUCUAUUACUAUGCAGGCUAGUGUCAGAACCCGAGGCAGCUGAUGACUCCAGAGGCUCGGGGUCAGCCAGGAGAAGCCCGCCGCCAAGCCGGCUGACCUGGAGCCCGCCGACGACUCGCCCAUAUACUUCAGGUGACGAGCGACACUCGCCUCUAUUACUAUGCAGGCUAGUGUCAGAACCCGAGGCAGCUGAUGACUCCAGAGGCUCGGGGUCAGCCAGGAGAAGCCCGCCGCCAAGUCGGCUGACCUGGAGCCCGCCGACGACUCGCCCAUAUACUUCAGGUGACACGCGACACUCGCCUCUAUUACUAUGCAGGCUAGUGUCAGAACCCGACGCAGCUGAGGACUCCAGAGGCUCGGGGUCAGCCAGGAGAAGCCCGCCGCCAAGCCGGCUGACCUGGAGCCCGCCGACGACUCGCCCAUAUACUUCAGGUGACACGCGACACUCGACUCUAUUACUAUGCAGGCUAGUGUCACAACCCGAUGCAGCUGAGGACUCCAGAGGCUCGGGGUCAGCCAGGAGAAGCCCGCCGCCAAUCCGGCUGACCUGGAGCCCGCCGACGACUCGCCCAUAUACUUCAGGUGACGAGCGACACUCGACUCUAUUACUAUGCAGGCUAGUGUCAGAACCCGACACAGCUGAGGACUCCAGAGGCUCGGGCCAGGAGAAGCCCGCCGCCAAGCCGGCUGACCUGGAGCCCGCCGACGACUCGCCCAUAUACUUCAGCCUCGGGGUCAGCCAGGAGAAGCCCGCCGCCAAGCCGGCUGACCUGGAGCCCGCCGACGACUCGCCCAUAUACUUCAGACGGGUGGUGUUUUCCCCCGAAGUGCCGAUCCGGCUGGACUACGUGGGCAAGCGGGUGGACCUCUCCGCGGGGCCCGUGGCCGGCCUGCUCAUGGGCCUGGGCCAGCUCAACUGCUCCGAGCUCACGCUCAAGCGGCUUGACUACAGGCUGGGGCUCCUCGGACUUGAGAAGCUGGUGCAGUGGGCGCUGCACGAGUGGCUGGCGGACGUCAAGCGGCACCAGCUGCCCGGCCUGCUCGGCGGCAUCGGGCCGAUGCACUCGCUGCUGCAGCUUAUAACUGGAAUCCGUGACCUGGUGUGGCUGCCAGUGGAGCAAUGGCGCCGCGACGGCCGGCUGGUGCACGGCCUGCGCCGCGGCUGCGCCUCGUUCACGGCGCGCACCGCCGUCGCCGCGCUCGACAUCACCACGCGGCUGCUGCAGCUGAUACAGGCGACAGCAGAGACAGCGUUCGACAUGCUGAGCCCUGGGCCGACGCUGCAACUGCAGGCGGCGUACGACAGCCGCCGGCGCCGCCGCCGCGACCCCUCGCGACACCCCGCAGACAUCCGCGAGGGCGUGGCCACCGCCUACCAGACCGUCAGGGAGGUCAGUCCCUUGCUACAGCUGCUGCAGGCGGCGGACGACAGGCGCCGCCGCCGCGACCCCUCGCGACACCCCGCAGACAUCCGCGAGGGCGUGGCCACCGCCUACCAGACCGUCAGGGAGGGCUUCGCUGAGACCGCAGCGACGAUGGCGCUAGCCGCUAGGUGUGAGAGCGGCGUGGGCGUGCUCCGCCACCUGCCCGGCGCCGCCGUCACGCCGCUAGCGCUGGCCGCCGCCGGCGCCGCCGACCUGCUGGGCGGCGUGCGGGCCCACCUCGCGCCGCACCACGCGCGCGACCACGCCGACAAGUGGCGCCCCUACGCGCCGCCCUCAGAUCCAGCAGAGUAAGAAGAAAACGGUUUAUGGUGACGUACGGCUCAUUGGAAUACGAGAAUUUAUAUUAGUCACACCUAGAUGCUUCUGUUUACAUUAUAAAAACAAUUCAGUUAGCUGUCUGUCUUGUCACGUGUUACGUGUCUUUUUACCACUUGUUAAUAACUAGAUACUACGGUCACAAAAAAAAUCUAAUGAAAAAACUCCUAAAAGUACGUUAGUUCUUUAUUAGCAAGUAGUAAAACUGGUUUAAGUGUAGAAACUCUAAAUAGGCUAUAAUUUCACUUUAAUUCGCAUAAAUUGAUUGAGGCACUCUUCAAAUGGCGGCUGUUGAAUGUAGGAAAUGAUAUUAUAAUAUCAGAAGUUCAGAACGUAAAUAAACAAACUUCCACUUUACUGUAGUGGUUUAUAAUGUGAUGUAUUUUUAUAAGAAGAGUUAUAAGCUGUAAUGGCAUUUGGUACAAAAUUUUGUAUGAACAGCUAUACUUUUUUCUGUGAUCAUUUUCUCACCCUCUUAAAAGUAUCUAUAAAGCAGAUUUAUACUUUUUCCGUAAGGCCAAUAAGUUGUGAUCAUAAAACAUGAAACAAACGACUUCUACGAUGCUAUAUCAUUCUAUAGUUUUUGGAAAUGUCAACGAGUCUUACAGAAUUACUGUUUGUCCAUAAAAUUUUGGUUUACAGCUUUAUCACGGCCUAAUGACCAAACAAUUUUGAGAAUGUAAUCCAUGACCAAUUACAAUCGUCGUAAGAACGAUGUUUUGGUCAUUCACUUACUUACUCCUAGAGUCAUUGGCUAAAAAAAAUUGUGGUAACGCUAAAACUCCUAAUUUAAGUGUUGUAACUCGAUACUUUAAUGAUAACUGUUGUUAUGGCGUGUCUGCUCUUUAGAAGAAACAAGCAUUUGUAUUCGCAAAUUUCAGAUUUUUUAAAGAAAACAAGACUUCGAAAUCUGAACUUUCGUUUGCUACUAGUUCAAUUUAAACACUCCAUUUUUAACGUGGCAUGUUUGUUCUAAAGUGCAUAUACACGCCCUUGUACUGUGUUCAACUUCGUUUCGUUUAAAGAUUUUACCAAUUAAUUAACGAAAGCGGGCAUGAAACGGGAAACAUGCUUUGCCUUCUCGAGACUGUGGUGCUUAUUUGAUUAGCAUUUUAGAGCAUUUAGUGGCAUAUUGUGUAGUCUAAAACGGAUGUAAAUAUUUUUACAUAAUUGACGGGGACGAGAUGUCGGGUGCCAUGACAGGAAGGUAAAAUUAAUUAAAUAUUUAUCUCCUUUUAUAAUGCCAAAUGUAAUCGAAAUAAACGAAAGAAAAUUUAAAAACAUUUUUAUACUGAUGUAUUAGUGGAAAUGAUGUACACAUCCCAAUGCAUACAGUAAAAUAAGAAUUUUAUAACUUGUUGUAGAUACCUUUAUUCGCAGAACCUGUCCUGACAUAUCCCUGUGUACUCAUUUCCAAAACAUUUAAUUAUAAUUAAUUAUUGUGAUCCUUUGCUCUUUUUAGAUUAGUAAGGAUGUGAUUCCAUUUAUUUUUGUUUUUAUUCACUCAAUAAUGUAAUGAUAGAAGAAGAACCCAUUAUUUUGAUAUUUGAAAUCAAUACUUAAUUAUCAAUAAAUAAUUUUAAUAAUA